AUGCUCACCGGAUAUCAUAUUGAUAGAAAAUUGGAAAAGAGUUCAAGUGAUAUCACUCAAAAUUCCGAAGUUAAAAUUACUGAAAUUUUACAGUUAUCAUUUUCAUCUUCAAAAGAUUUGCUUGAUGAAACUAUUAAAGAAUUAU